CCGGGGGUUUCUGCACUAAUGUGGAAUGUAGCGCUGAACUCAUGCAAAACAUGCCAUUAAACACUAUCUCCUGUGACGAUGACAGCACACGGACUCCCCAGCGGAAAAAAAGUUUCCUGUUUCUGCGACACGGACUCGUCCAGGGGGAGUCACUGACAUCAGCGACUGCUCCCUACCUUACUUUCAUCCUUCCCUCCACCUCACUCAACCCUGAAACCAUCAGCAGACAGGAAUGUCUGGACUCAGUGGGAUAGUCAGUGUUGCGUAACAGCGCUGAUGGGCGGAGCUUUCGGCAGGAUAAAUGAAGGCGGCAGGUUGAGUUGAACACAAGCACCUGUCAGUCUCUCUGUGGAGCAGAUACUAACUCUACAUCAUCCCUCAGCCGGAUUUAACAAGCGUGUUACACUCCUGAGAAUGGCUUUCUCACUGCGGAAUGCUGUCUUUAUCACUGUUACACUGUGUGUGCUGCAGCAAGGGUUUGGAUAUCCACUGUCUGAACAGUCUGAAGCAUCUAGCAAUCCACCUGCUCUCAAACGGGUCCGUACCAAGCGCUGCUCCUGUAGCAGCUGGUUGGACAACGAGUGCAUCUAUUUCUGCCAUUUGGACAUCAUCUGGGUCAACACACCAAAUAAGAUCACACCUUUCGGUCUGGGAAGCCCUCUGUCCCGUCGCCGGCGCUCCACGGGCCGCUGUGAAUGUGCCAAUCCCGCCGACCGGACCUGCUCCAGUUUCUGUCACAGCAGUUUGGAAAAUCCAGAUAUGGAGACUGUGACCCAAUUUGAUGAGCAGCCAUAUCACAUGGACAAAACUAGCAACUAUCUACUGUCAUCUCUCAGGAAGGUAGUUGAAGACAACCUCAUGACAGCCUCACGAUUGGCUUCAACCAAGAAGAAAUCCAGACUCAGGAAUCUCUUGAUCAGUUAGAGAGAGAGAGAGAGAUGAGGUGACGGAGCGCCGGAACAAAACCAGUCCUGGAUAAAGAGGAUCUGCCUCGUAAAACAGACAGAACCGCUUCAAGACAGAGCUGAAGUGCUGAAGAACAAAGCCUCAGUUACUUCAGAAACGUCUGUUCGCCAGAGUGAAAGAUGAUUUAGGUGGUGAAGAGAAGAACAGAUCACCUUCUGCACCAGUGAUAUGGUGACAUUUCCAAAAACAGUAGAAGUACUGCAAACAUAGUUUAAUAUUACCAUCUGAGAAGAUAUGCAGGUUAGGGUGGAAAAGAUGAGAGAAAAUAAAAAUAAAUCCCUUUACCCUCUGCCUGAAAAACUUUAGAUACUGUAUAAUCUCUUGACACUGAAUAUUUUAUUAAUAUUUUAUUUAUUUUUAUUAUCCUUUAUUUAUUAGGUUUUCUCUGUAUCAGAGCUUUAUUUUAUUAUUUAUUUAUUUAUUUAUUUAUGUAUUUAUUUAUUUUUCUUUUAUUUGGAAAUGAAUGUGUCUGAUGUUUUCUAUGAUCAGCUGCUCAAGAAAUGGUCUAAAUGUUUAAAAAAAACUGAAAAGGAAAAAGUUCUAGACAUGAGGAAUGUUUAUCUGUUUUCUUUUUUUUUAUGACUCUUCCUUCCCUCCAUUUUCCCUCUAGAGAAGGCGGAAGUAUUUAUUGCAUACUUUCAGUAGAGUGUUUUUAUUGUUCAGAUACCAGCAGGUUUCAGUAGCUCAAAGCUUGCCAGAAAAUGCUGUUAUUGUUUUCCUAAAGUACAAACCGGCUGCUACUGUCUGCCAGCUCUAUUAUAGAAACACUGUAGUACUAUGUAGAGUUCCCAUUACUGCCUCUCUUAAAUUGAAUCUGUGAAAGCUUAAUAAUACAUGGUUUGACUAUUGUCAUAUAUGCAUUUAAUUAUGCUGUACCUGUUCUUGUUUUCUUCCUGUGAAGAAAAGGACUGUUAGUUACUCACAGAUACUUGAAUGUUUAAUCUUGAAUUGCUAAUGUCCAGUGGUCAGUUUGUUCAUUUAAUUUAUUUGAUGAAAACUAUUUUUGUAUUAUUGCAUCUAUUAAUAAACAAAUAAUAUA